CUUGAAUGGAUGCUAAUUGGCUGCCCAAGUGAAAUCGGUUACUUUGAUUCAACAACUCGUGAUAAAGAAAUUAAAACUGGAUCUACAAUUCUAAGGUCUUGCCGAAUAAAUCUUGACAGAUUUCUUUCUCCAUCUAUUGUUGUUUCACUCAACGUCGAAUAUCCUACUACACGAAAAACACCAAUUUUCAAAGCAAGUUAUCAGAUAUUACAAAAAUUUUAUCCAACUAUCGAGAUAAAAGUAGAGCCAAUCAAAAAUGAAUAUAUUGAAUUUUUGAAUGAGUGUGAAGAGAUUGCGAUUACAAUUCUAUGGUGUGUCUUAUUUGAAGGAUCACAAGGCGUUUUUAAUCAGCAAGGAUAUCAUCAAGACGAACUCUUCUAA